UGGUCCUACAACAUCUGGCAUGCCACCUCCUACAACUGCAGUGCCACCACCAACUUUAUCUCUUCCAUCUUUAUUACAGACACCACCACCAAAUGUUGGUAUGCCGCCAUGCCAACCAUUAAAUCCCAAUCUCCCCCCUAAUCCUUCUAACUAUCUUUUACCACCCAACAUGCAACCAGCAUCUGUUGUUCCUAGUUCUUCCCAGUUUAUUCCUGGACAGACAUCAACUGUUUCUAAUUAUCCUCAAAAUGCAAACCCAUUUGGAAACCAAAAUCCACCAUUCUAUUUUAUUCAGCAGCCACCACCACUUUCAAACUCUGGUCCGCCUGUUUCAUAUACAGAAAAUGUCCCUGUGCAAACAACUGCUGCUUCUUUACCAGUUCAGACAACUAAUGCAUUGCCUGUGCAGGCUACAACAUCAGUGACUGUUCAGCCCCCUGCACCUGCAGUUAAAGAGGAACCUAAGCCUGUGAAGCUUCCUAAGAACUGGAGGACAGCCACUGAUUCUGAAGGCAAUGUUUAUUAUUAUCACUCAAUUACCAGACAAACACAGUGGGAUCCUCCUGAUGAAAACCAAGUGGAAGAAGAUUCUGCUGAUGAGGAUUCUGAUUCUGAAGAAUCUGAGUCUUCAGAUACACCUACAUAUGAUGAACCUAAAGUGGUUUCAGUUAAGCAUUCUAAAAGAAAGUCAAAGAAAAGAAAAACAACAAAAACAUCCCCAGAUACUAGUGUUUCAUUCCCUGUUCGUCCUGAAAUUGCUAAGAAAAUAAAAGAACUUUUCAGAACAAAGAUGUCAUCUUUUAUUGUCCAUUGCCUGAAUGCUUAUCGGAAACCAGACUGCGCAGUUGGCAGAAUUACAAGCAAUGAAGACUUUAAAUAUUUGGCUAGAAAGCUGACACACUAUACAAUGACCAAAGAACUCAAGCAAUGUAAAAAUGUGGAGGAUUUAGAUUGCAAUGAAACUGUUAUGCACAAGGCAAAAGACUUUAUUAAAAAGUAUAUGGCCAAAUAUGGUUCUCAGUAUUGUAGAAAAGAGAGAGCUUCACCAACUGAAGAGUAAUGACUCAUUUUCUGUCAACAGAAAAACAACUUUAACACUAUAUGUAACUCUUGAAUAAAAUGCAGUUUUCACUGAUUUUAUUUUAAUAUGAAGUACAUCCAAAAAAAGUAAUUUUUCUAUGAGAAAUAUGAUUUUAAUUUUGUAGUCUUGCUGCUGUUGAAAUCAUUUAAAGAAUAGAAAAGAAAAAUUGCUUUGUUUUACUUUUGAAAUGCUUAGUUUUCCAUUCUCAUUCCAUUUUAUUUAUCAGACAAUAUUGCAUAAAAUAAGUUUUGUGAAUAAUCAUUGGUAAAUAUCCCAUAACACAUGCAUUUUGUAAAUAAACUGUGUAUCUAAUGUUCACCUGCAUCAGGUGGAUUGUAACACAUGUGAUGGCAAAAUUGGUUGAAAGCAUGGAACUGGUUCCUUCUUUCAUUCCACAUUUUCUCUGUUGUAAGACAGAUUUAUAGUUGUAAAAUCCCGAUGGUUAUUGUAUGUAGUUGGGAAGGUGGUUAUUUCAGGAUUUUGUUGGUAGAGAAUAAAACCCCAGUUUUAAUUGUUGUAAUAAAUAUAAAAGAAAUCUGUCGUAUAAUCGGAGGAAUUGUGGCUUGAUUUUAUUACCACUUGUCGUACUUCAUUCUUUUUUCUUCCUUAAAUUUCCUUCAUUCGCUGUAGUUUUGUGCAUCAACAUUUGUAUAUAAUCAGAAUAUCACUGUCAGAAUGAUUGAAAUAGAGAAGAACUGAUCAUAUUUGUUUCUUAAUUUUUUUACGGUUUAAAAUCUUGAUCAUGCUGUUUUUAACAUAUUAAUUUAUUACUCGGUUUAAUACUACUACUCUCUCCUUUAGUUCUUUAAUCUGUAGGACUACAAAUACAUAUUUAUUUAUAAAAAAUAAUAAAAAGUUAAAUGGCAAACAAUUUAAUAUGCUUUGGUGUAUAAUAUAUUUCUUUCAGAUAUAGUGUAAUUAAAUUGCAGUUUAUUCAAUGUAGGGACAUUAAGUUCAUUUAAACAUAAAUAAGGUGCUUUAUUAAUAUGUGUCAUUUAAUACAUUUGUAAUUUACAUGCAGGAUUACAUUUUGUAUUUUCUGCUGAAUAUUAAUUGAUUUAAAAUUUAAUGUUUGAGCAUUUCCAGAAAUUUUUGGAGAAGAGCAUUCUAUAAAUUUAUAUCAUUCAUAUAUAUGCAUUUCUUACAUAUACUAAAAGUAUGUUAUAAUUUUGUUUCUAAAUCAUUUUUAAACAUAAUAUUUUUAAUAAAAUGGUGUGAAUAAAAAAAUAAUUCCUGUAACAUUUAAAUAUGUAUUUUUACUGCAUAUGAGUAUGGCAUUUUCUGAAAUCCGUAGUUGUUUUAAUAAUUAAAGGUACAUUGCUGAUAUUGUAAAUCUAACAUCAUUUAUGUUAUUUUUGUCAAUAGCAACUGGAUUAUUUCUGAUGUAAGAGCAGGGUGAAAAAUUAACUCAAAUCAUUAACUGUAUUUUAUAAAAUCAUUAACUCUAUAUUAUAAAAUUGUCAUUCUUUAAAAUUAUUUAAGUCUAUUUUUAGAGGCUGAAUCUUAGAGCAUAAAAUGUGCAGUUUUAGUGGAAACAUUACUGUACAUAACAUUUUUCUACAGAUGUAAUUAAAUAUUUAUUUUAUAUUAAAUUUAAAAUGCAAUUAAGUUGAAUCAGAUUUCAUUUGAGUUUAAUAAUUUGAUUCCCUAUAAUGAAAGAUCGAUUGUAAGCAUACAUUGAUGUAAACAAAAUUUUUAAAGAAAAUUAUGAAUUAUGUGAGUAUAACCAUAAACAUUUAGUAAUUCAAUUCUCUGUUUUUUAUCUGAUGCUUUCAAAUAGAAACCACAUUUUCACUAACCUGUUUUUAUAUUUGAGGGCGGGGUUUUUUUUUUUUUUUUUUUUUUUUUAAACUACUAUAUGUAUAAAAAUUAAUAGCUUUUCAUUCUUUCAUUCCUGUUUAAGAAGAAAUUUGUUAGUAUAAGUCAAUGAAAAGUUUAGAAUAAUUAUAAUUAUAAAAAAUUGAUAUAAUUUAGCUGUUAUCCAUUCUGAAAAAGUACGGAAAUGCGUCUUCUGUUGUUGAUAUUUAAAUUUUAAAAAAUUUAGUUAUUAACUCGUUGAAAUAGAAAUUAUAGAAAUAUCUCCCUCAACUUCCUUGAGUUGUGUUUUAAAUUAAGAAUGGAGACAUAUAUUUAAAAUUAAUUAUUUUUGUUCUUAGUAUAAUAUGCAAUUAUAAUAAUAUGUUACUGUUUUGCUCGUUUAAAAAACAAAUUAUUAUGUUUAAAAAUCAUGGGCAGAACUGUUCUUUAUUUUGAAAAUGAAUAAUAUGCAGUUACGAUAUAAAAAUUUAGGAAUAUAUGAUUCUUAUAUAGUGAUUAGUUUAAAAUAUUUAAUAAGUGCAAUCAUCUUCAAAAUGAUCUUUUUGUCCAAUGUUGUACUUGCUCUUAUACAACUUCUGGAAGUAUUGCUAUAAACAAUUUUUUGCAGCUAUCUGUAAUGCUUCCGUAAGUUUUACCUCCUUUCAUAAUUAACAUUGGUAUUUCUGCAGAUUUGGUAUCAUGGGUGGGAAAAGGGGAAAAUGCAAAAUUUUAUGUUGAAUGAGUAAGCAGGGUAUAGAAGAAUCUACCCAUGAAUUAUACUAAUUCAUGGGUAGAAACUUUGAGAUUAUUUAAAAUUCAGUGAGAAGGGUACAUUUCUAUGAUGUCCGUUUUGACAUAUCUGACACUAUUUAAGAUAUGAUGGACAGAGGAAAGGAAUGACUGAAUUCUUUUGACUACCUACUUGUGUUGUCAUGUAUGAGGACAUUCUCAAACUUUUGGAUCCUAUUGUAUAAAAAAAAAAAAAAAAAUCAGUUACAGAAUUGAAAUAAAAGUUUGUAAGAAGUAGCUUUAAUUAAUUCAUAUUCAUAACUGUUUUUUAUCCAUUAUGUCCAGUACCUGCUGCUUACUAACUCACUUGGCUGAAUUUCAUAGAUAACAACCUGUAUAUUGCAAAUUGUGAUGUCAGCUUGAAACUUAUCUAGUAAGGUAAUAACAACUAAUAUAAUAAUCAGUGCCUAAAGUAAUAAUUAAAAAUUAAUGCUAAAAUUAAACUACUUAUGCAAUUUUGAAAUUUGUUUUUGAACUUUUUAAUUAAAAUAUUUUUAUAAUUACAUGCCUAAUAAAAUUUUUAACUUUUAUAAAGAACUUAUCUAUCUGUGUUAGUUUCAUUUUGUUCAAUAACAUUUUUUCAGUUGUAUUCUAAAGCCAAAUUGCACUUGCAAAAAUUUUAGCAAAAGCUCUUUUAUUGAAGCACUAGAUACCAGAGCAAUAAAUAAUCCAUGUUCCUCAAUAAGUUAAAUGGAUGAACUACUAACGGCUUUGCUAAGUACAAGUAGGAUAUUGGUGCCCUGAAAAAUCAAGUCUUUUUCUCAAUCUGAAUUUUGUAAUUGGAGAAGAUGAAUUUGAUAAUUGGUGUUUUUUCUGUUGAUUACUGUGUUUUGGUUUUGGGGAAUUUGAAUAAAUAAGCAGCUGAUUUUAUUAAAUGGUGCCUUUAAUAAGUUGCAAGUACUGUACAUAUUUUAUUUCAGAAAUGUGUUUCUAUGUUAUAGUUAUAUUGUAAAAGCAAACAAAAUGUAAAAUGAAUUUUUAUAAACUUCUGACAUUAACUUUUUAUCAUAUUUAUAUGAUAAAAAUAUAUUUUGCUAAGAUUACAUAAUAACUUUAUUUUUAAUAAAUAAAGUUAUUAUUAAAAAUAAAGUUUAUUAUGUAGCUAUUAAAAAUAAGUUAUUUAUUAAAAAUAAAGUUAUUAUGUAAUCUUUAAAGCUAUUCUAGUGGUUUGUUUUAGUAUAUAUGAAGGGAUUAAAAAUAUAUUAUUUCUUUUAAUAUCUUUUAUUUUUAUAAUGAAAAUGUUUUAAUGAACAAAGAUUUGCCUGUGUAUUUUACUACAGUGGCUGUAUGAAUUACUAGAAAAAUAAUGAAAAUAUAAUAGGAGAAACAUAUUAGUGAUUAAAAAAGCAGAAUUUUGUUAUGAUUAGUUUCUAAUAGUUUAUUGAAAAGGAAAAAAGUGGUUCUACUUGGCACAAGAGCUUUGGCUUCAAGAAAGUAACACUUAAGCUAACUUAAGCUUAACUUCUAACUUAAGCUUUUUUUUUUUUUUUUUUUUUUUAUCUAAACCCAUCAACUCAUUGGCAUAAUGCAAAAGCAUCAUACUUUCUAGACAUGUGAGGAAUCCUAAAUUUUUUCUUUUCAUCGAGAUUCAAGAUUUGAUGACCUUUCAUGAUUUAUGAAAAAUCCUCAAAUCUUGAAUCUCUUGACUAACUCAUAUAAGCCUUUAAAAAAAAAAAAAAAAAAAA